AUGGAGCGCGUGGAACGCAUGCAUACACUCAAUCGCGAAGCCGAGGAGACCUGCACGGAGCUUUUAGCCCUCUGCGGCGACCAAUAUCCUGAUGAAUCGUCGACCGAUCCCGCAGUCAGUCAUCGUCCGCUCUGUCCAACGUCCUCCUGCUCGUCCGCUACACACCUGAUCGAUGAUCACGAUGCAUCACGUACCGAGCGCAUACAAGGACUACGCCGCCGGUUGAAGGACAUCGCCGAUGCUAUUCUCGAUCUUUGCGCCGAGCACAACGCAUCCCGUCCCGUCAGUCGCCUUCCUGUCGAAGUCAUGGCAAUCAUAUUUCAUCUCUCACAAAUUUCCCGGACUCAAGACCACAAUUACGGCCCACCAUGGGUAGAUACGACAUGGUCGCCGUCGUUGACGCAGGUCUGCGUAUCAUGGCGUGAAAUCGCCCUGAACACACCGUCAUUAUGGAACUGCCUGCCCCUCGACAAACUACAUCUAGCGCUCGCUCUGAGCCGUCGAUUCGACAAUCACCUCCUCCGCAUCCGUGAAUCGGGCAUGAAGACGUGGAAUGGCGAUGCCAGCGUGAUGCUGUCCAAUAUCCUCGCCAAAAACACCGCACGCAUCGCCGAAAUUCGGAUCGGUAGCCGGAGAGGAGCCGUCGUCCGCACGGUCUUGGAUGGAUUUGAUCAAUUGGCCCCGGUUUUGCAAACGCUCUCCCUCGUGCUGCCUGAUAAAUAUGAUCAUUCGUUCAUCAGCGUGAUGGAGUCCAUCUGCCGGCUCAGAACCCCCGCAUUGCAGCAUCUGAAGCUAAUGCGGGCCCCGUCGCCCGCAAUAUGGCGAUCGUCUCUCCUGCGCUCGCCGGGAUUGCGCUAUCUACACCUACAGACGACGUUCGAAGACGUGCUUGCGGAUGCCCUGGAUGUUCUCGGCAGUUUGCCGUUGCUGGAGAGGUUGCGCGUGCGUGGCAUGCAUAAUCACAGGCACUGCCAUGCUAUCCACUCUGAUCAAGAGAUGAUGCACGGAACAUCGACGCAGCGGCGUGUCUGCGAAACACGGAUGCGUUCUUUGCGUCGCCUCAGCGUGUACGGUGCUACGCAACUGUGCAUCGACCUCCUCGACAGCCUGAAACCAUCACUACCACUCCGAGGAUUAUCGAUUCACUGUCAUACAGACUGCACCCAACACUCCACCAACCUGUGGCAGCUCAUCGAACCGUACAUUCGGGCUUCUAGUUUAUCGUUGACCGUAGAAGACUCCAGCAUCUCUCUCGGCUCGCUCAUACCCGACGCGCCGGACGGAGGUCGAACUAGAGAUCCCGUACGCGUCAGGUUUGAGAGGAUCUCGCAGGACGACGUAAAGGAGAUCUUCGCUAGGAUUGGGUCAUAUCUUGGGCGAUCAGAAGUGUCGAGCCUCCGCUUACACUUCCGUGGGCUGACAGCUGGACCGAGCCUAACAGAGACCCUGUCGAACUGGUCGUCUCUUCGCCACGUCGAUCUAUACCACGAAGCCGCCGCAGAGUGGUUUCUGCACGCCAUACAUACUGCGCCGAGCUCGUCGGCGCCACCGCUAGAUCGGGCAAGCAUGAUUCUGCCGAACCUGUCCUCGCUCCAGAUAGUGAAAGCCGAUGCUCACGACGGUUCGUGGUACCGCGUCUGUCGUGCUGAGAUUGCAUUGCGAUGCAGAACUACGACGGAGGAUGGCGGACCCUAUUUUCGGUCACUCACGUUCAACAACUGCGAAGGAAUCUCAGAGCUGGAGCUAGCCGCUUUGAAGGACUCAGUUCCGGAGUUGGAAAUAUCCUGGUCAUAG